AUGAAGUUAACUAAUGCCACCUUACUUGCUAUUGUAGCAUCCUCGGCCUUUGUUUCAGCUGCUCCUAUUAAUGUUCCAGUUGGAAACGAAUUAAUGGUCAAAAGAAGUGACGCAAAUGAAGUCUUAGAAAUCUUAAAUGAAUUAAACACCUUAAAGGCUAAGAGAGAAUAUAUUGAAGGUGAAGAUGCUUUAUUAGAUUUACAAAGAAGAGAAGACAGUGCCAUUGGUCAAUUAAUCACUGCAUUGAUUAACUCAGGUAUUAUUGGUGAUGUUUACUCUAAACUUACUACCGAUCCACAAAUCAGUGCCAGUGUCAAAGCUAUUGUUAAAGCUGCUAUCCAAACAGCUGUCGUUCAAGGUCCAGCUUUGAUUAAGGCUGUCUGGAACUCAGGAAUGUUAGGUGAUAUUUUCAACAAGUUCUUAAAUGAUACCGAUUUAAGAACCGCUUUAUUAAACGUUGCCAAAUCUCUUUUUGGUACUGCUGUCAACUUGUUGAAAUCUUAUGCUUCUGGUGCUUCUUCUUCAUCAUCAUCCAGUACUACUUCUUCUAAGAGAGAUGUAGCUCCAGUUGUUGCUCGUCGUUCUACUGUCGACGCUGAUCUUGAUGAAUACUUGGACAAGAGAGAUGUUGCUGAUAUCGUUGCCUACGUUGCCAAGGCCAUCUACAGUUCUGGUUUAGUUCAAAACUUCGUCAGUAAGAUCAUGGCAAACCCACAACAAUCUAUUGACUUCAUGACUACUGCCUUCAAGACUGGUUUAGCUGUCAGUGAAGAAGUCUACAGCUGGGCUAAGAGCAAUGGUCUUUGGGAUGCUUCCUUGAAAUACAUCAGUGAAAAUGCUGGUACCUGGGCCUCUCGUAUCGCCAGUGUUCUUGGUCCUAUGAUUUCAGGUGGUUCAGUUUCUGCAAGCGAUAUUGACAAUGCUUCUGCAACUACUGCUGCUGCCACAAAGACUGCUAUUGCUACUACUACUGCAUCUACCGUUGUUGCUACUACUACUGCUACUGCUUCUUCUAAUGCUGCCAUUGAUUAUGUGGACUCAUUGGCUGCUCAAAAGAGACAACUUUAUUAG